UCCUUCCUCAGAAAGAAAAACAAACAUGGCACUCGUCAACGUCGUCAACAUUGUCGUCUUGGACAACCCAACACAGUUCCUCAACCCAUUCCAGUUUGAGAUUUCGUUCGAGUGCAUCUCCGCCUUGAAAGAGGACCUUGAAUGGAAGAUCAUCUACGUCGGCUCCGCAGAGAGUGAAGAUUACGACCAAGUUCUCGACUCUAUUCUGGUGGGCCCUGUGCCCAUCGGCCUCAACCGCUUCGUCUUCCAGGCCGACCCGCCAAACACGGAGCGCAUUCCCGAUGGCGAUGCUGUCGGCGUUACUGUCGUCCUGAUCACCUGCUCGUACCGCGGCCAGGAGUUUAUCCGCGUCGGCUACUAUGUCAAUAACGAUUACGUCGAUACCGAGCUGCGGGAAAACCCACCGAGCCGACCCGACUAUACGCUCAUGUACCGCAACAUUCUCGCCUCCAAGCCGCGUGUGACGCGCAUCCCCAUCGAGUGGGACCCAGUCGAGACGCUCGAGUCGGGUCUUGACGGCGUCGAGCUCAGCUCCGAGGCACUCAUGAUGGCUGCCACCCCAAGCAGCAGUGGCAUUGAGGAGACUGAGGGCUUUCCACAAGCAAGCAUGAUGGUUGGUGCGGAAGGUGUAUAUUGAUGCAUUUAUGCGUGUCGUUCGUUUGUGUUUUUAAUUAUUUCCUGUAUAAAUCAUGCCUUUGAGCAACCUC